AUUUAAUUUAAAGUGCUUAAAAAUUAUUUAAAACUUAAAAGUUUGACAUAAUAUUAUGGAAUCUAAGGCAUGUAGACAGAAAAAUGCUAUGAUUUCUUUAUCAAAGCCAAAAUAUAAAACAUCUUUACCAGAAAAACAGAAUACCUGGGGUAACCUAUUAAAUAAAAAAUCAGUUGGCACUAAUACAGUUAUAGCUUCCAAAAAUAAAACUAAAAAAUAUUCCUCUAUUCCUGAGAUGAAUACUAAAACAAUGACCAAGAGUGUACAGUGUAGUGAUUUACCUAUUGAAAAAGAACACAAAAGUUCUAAUUCACUUUCUGUGUUCAAUCCGAUCAGAACAUUACAAUUUCUACUAAAGGAAAUUAUGGAGUUCCCGAGUGUUAAAAAUGGAGAUAUUGCCAAAAUUGUUGAUGAAAUGCAAGUGGUUGUGGGAAGAAUUGCUGAUGAAUAUGCUGAAAAUUCGCCUAACCCUAAAAUAAAUAAUAUUCCAGUUAUGAAUUACAAUUCUAUGAUUCCAACUAGGGAUGAUGAUUAUUGUAAAGGUUUAAAAUAUGAUAACAGUUCUCAAGAAAAUGCAAAUUUGUCUGUACUGCUAGCAAAAAUAUCAGAACUUGAAAUUCAUUAUAGUCAGUUGACAAAAGAUAACACUAAAUCUAAAGAAAAACUACAGUGUGUGACAUCUGAAAGGGAUAAAUUACUUGAAAAAUAUAAAGAAUCAUGUGAUUCAUUGGAAAAGUUAAGUAACCAAAAGCGUGAAUAUUUAGAUACAAUAACAGAACUUAAAACCAAACUGUUAGCUUCAGAUAAAGUGAUUAAAAAUCAGGAAAUAAUCAUUACAAAUUUAAGUAAAAGAUUUAAUAAUUUACCAAAUAAAAACAAAGCUAAGGAGUAUGUGAAUGAAAAUAUUGGAACUGAACCACACAACACUUACCAAUCAAUACUAAAAGAAAAUAAUGAAUUCAAUAAAAUCACUAAAUCAAAUUUGGAUAAACUAGCUAUUACCAGUAAUCUUAGAGAUGAUGAAAUCUCUAAGCUUAGAUCAGAUAUAAAACAGAUGAAGCAAAUCGUAUUAACUGGAUUAGAAAAUAACGAUAUUAAAUCUGUGUCAAUGAUAUCACUAAAAUCAGAAGGUAACCCAAUAAAAGAUUUUCCCAAGCAUAGCAAAAAUAAUAAAAAUGAUGUAGAAAAUGAUAUUGAUACAAAAUAUACUGAAUAUAACAGAGAAGCAUCAGCUAUAAAACUAGCUAAGACAGAACUUCAACAGUUAUUUGAAACAAUUAAAAAACAAACUCAUCAUUCAAAAAAACUUUUCAAUUCUACUUUUGUAGAUAAUGAAAGAGUUUUAAGUGAUAUUUCUGAUGAUGAAGAAAACUCAAAUGUAUCAAACUUUAUGAGUGUAGUGACUCAUUCAAGUUGUUAAUUAUUUUAU